GCGCUUUGAAUUUUGUUUCUGUUUUUUUUUUUUCUCUUUUCUGUUUCAUUUUUUUCUUUUGCGCCCCUGAUUCACUCAGCUGAGGUUGGACCUUGCUGUAAAAAAGUGGUUAGACUUAUAUACCCAGGGUUUGCUGAACGGUCGUAUUACAACUGUCUUCCCGUUGCUGACAUUUGGCAUCGCUUUUUAGAGAUUUACGCAUGCUCAAUUUUGAAUCUGACUACCAACGGGUCCUGACUCUUGCAAGGAGCCACGUCUUCUGUUCCAGUCUAGUGGACAUCUGUGAGGUGAUGAUGGAGAAAAACAGGCAUGACAGUGAGAAGUCCUUCUCCUCCAUUCUAGAAUACAAUGACCUGGAGGCUGCAGAGGCUUUGGUAUGCAUGAGCUCUUGGGUCCAGAGAACUCCCAAACCUCGCCCACUAACACCCACCUCAGACUCCUGUGAUUCGCUCGCCUUGCAGCCUGAAGUCAUCGAGUCCCCUAAAGACCUGGCCUCUCUCUCAUCACUGUGCAUGACCCCUCCUCAUAGCCCGAGCUUCGCAGAAACUUCGGGCACAGCGAUUCUCAGUACCUCAGUGCCAGGCUCAGGUCUCAAUCCAGUCUUGUCACAGUCCAGAUUAUGCCCAGUCUUGACCAACAGGGCGACAUGUCAUAUCAGUCUGCAUCCCAGUACCACAGUCCUGCUGAACCCAGCUCCACCCCAAACCACAGAACAGCCCUCACUCCGCAGAGCCACCAGUGUUAUACGACACACCGCAGACAGUUCCAUGGACCACAACUUUCCAUCACUGACCACAGGGCAGGAGAAUCCAUGUUCUUCGGAAAUCCCCCUGCAACACACAGAGCCCUGGACCAAACCUACAGCAGAACUGCAAAGCUGCAAUGGAUCAUGUGACACUGCAGAUACUGAGAGAACUGCCUCCUCCCCUGACUCCACCAGCCCUGUUAUCCCCACAACACAGUCUGCCUCUCAGGCCAUUCCACAAUCCCCCAUAACCAGUCCCCCGGUGCUCUGUCAAGUUUUUCCUGUUAAUGGGCAGACUGGAAUCAUCUCUGCAUUUGUACAGACCCCAGUUCAGAUGCAGGCCUCAGGGUCAAAACCCAUUCUUCCACAGACUGCCUCACUCUCUCAACCUCUGCUGGUGAGCUCACCUGUGGCACAGGGCACUGUGAUGUUUGUAGUCCCCCAGUCCCAUGUGUCUCAUACCUCCACCUGCCAACAGAGUGUUGUUACCCUUGGGAACACUAAGCUCUUGCCGCUGGCCCCGGCGCCAGUCUACGUGCCCUCAGGUCAGAGUGGGGGAGUGACACACUCUGACUUCUCUCGCAGGCGGAACUAUGUCUGCAACUUCCAAGGAUGUAAGAAGACUUACUUUAAAAGUUCCCACCUGAAGGCUCAUCUAAGAACACAUACAGGUGAGAAACCUUUCAGUUGCCAUUGGGAAGGUUGUGACAAAAAGUUUGCCCGUUCCGACGAACUCUCCAGACAUCGUCGGACACACACAGGUGAAAAGAAGUUUGUUUGUCCUGUGUGUGAGCGCCGGUUCAUGAGAAGUGACCACUUGACCAAGCACGCUCGACGUCAUAUGACAACCAAGAGGUCCACAGCAUGGCCAAAUGAAGUUCGUGAUAUCAACAAAAUGGCCUCUUCCCAACCACCAUCUUCCCUGCCCCUUAGUGUACUUCUUCCCUCCUCAAACUAGGUUGACACUCGGACCA